AUGACGGAGCAGAAGGAGCCUUCCGGUGCCGUCGAGAUCAUACCCGGUCUUGAUCUUUCAUCCUUUCCAGACACGAUUGACUCCAAGUACACACAUGUUCUCAACAUGUGUAUGACACCUAAUAACAUGGCAUCCCAUCCACCCGAAAUUCUACGCAUCCCACUGCUCGACUGGGAUGACAUCACGCUUCACAUCCCAAAGAUCCUAGAAUUCAUCGACACGGCGCUCCAGGACCCUCAAAAUCGAAUUCUUGUCCAUUGCGCGCUCGGAGUUAACCGGUCGGCCUCCGCAGUCACUACGUAUCUAUGCCAUCGCACUGGCACAAACUCGUCGACUGCCUUGGAAUAUAUAAAAACCAAAAAUCCUGAGGCCCAGCCUUCGCCGAUAUUCCUUCAGUAA